AUGAUGCUAGAAGGAAAUAAGAGAGAAUUAAAGUACUUUGAGAAUCUCACACUACCCUCCGCGGCCGAGGACGAACACCACUUUGACGUCCACGAAGGUGAUGGAGCGGCACACCUGCCUUCGCUACAACAGAUCAAGAAGAAGCUCACGACCAAGGAAGGAUGGAUGGGCGAUUAUGGUCAGUCUACCCACCACUCUCUGUCUACGUUCAUGGGUGUGGCGAGCUCGGCAUCGCUCGUCGUUCUUGGCCACACCGGCUUCGGCACGCGAUUAGCGAUUCGCUUUCGAGCCAGCGCUGACCAUCCCCCAAUCCACACGACCUUUCUCCGAUGUCGGUCGUGACUCGCAGAUUUGUGAGUUACUUCUUUCCGUUUCCCGUGGAACAGAAAAGUAGAUUACCCAAAGCAAACCACGUUCGUCCGAUGACACAAAUAUUGAACCUGCUUUCAUCACAGCGGUUUCCUGUGCAUGCCAACGCUGCCUUUCGCCGUCGGUCGAGGUAGGAAGCGUCGAGCCCGGUAGGUUUGCUGCUCUCGGCUCUCGACAGAUUGCGGCGCGGCAUAGUAGUACAAGGCACUGAACAUCGUUUCCCACUUCCGUUGGUCGUGUAGUGCCGUGCCCUUUUACGCUCUUGACCAGGUACGUGCCACGAGCAGCCUUUGUUGCACCAGAAUGGACUAUUGGCUGACCCCUGAUUUUGCUGACUUCUUCUCACUCCAUUAGGAAAUGCCAAUCCUUUUGGCACUCAUCUGCGGAUUCCAACAUGCGCUCGCCAUGCUUGCUGGUCUUGUCACACCACCCAUCAUCUUCGCCAACCAGCUCGGGUUCAAUCCCGCGCAGCAGAACCAAGCUGUCGCCGUCUCGCUUAUCGCCUCGGGUUUCUUGUCGGCGAUCCAAAUGUCUCGUUUUGCCAUUCCCUUCACCAAGCGCAAGUAUUGGCUCGGCACAGGGUUGAUCACCGUCGUCGGUACCUCGUUCGCCACGCUCUCGACUGCGUCGGCCAUCUUCAACACCCUCUACGCUGAUGGCACCUCCCCAUCGACGGUCGCAAGUGGUGUCACCGUCCGAGGUUACUGCCCUCAGGCGUACGGCUACCUGUAAGUGCCGUCUCACCGCGUCGGUACCGAGAAUCAUCGAACUGCUGAUCCGACCUUUGUUUCGCUAGCCUCGGUACAUCGUGUCUGACCUCUCUUUUGGAGAUGGGCAUGGCGUUUGUGCCGCCCAAGGUUUUGAAACGGAUCUUCCCCCCUGUGGUCACCGGCACCGUCAUCUUGCUCAUCGGUGCAAGCCUUAUCGGGUCAGUCCACGUCCUACUCCUAUCGUGGAGAAAGUUUGGGGACGUAACUGAUCUUUUCACACGACCCUGUUUCACAGUGAUUCUGGCUUUUUGAACUGGGGAGGUGGAAGUGGUAACUGCCACACUCGACCCGAGACCGGCUUCUUCGCUCUUUGCCCCGACAUCAGUGCCCCGCGCGCCUACCAAUGGGGAGAUCCUCGCUUCUUGGGUCUCGGCCUUCUCUCUUUCCUGACGAUCAUUUUUCUCGAGUUCUUCGGUUCGCCUGCGAUGCGAAGCGGAAGUAUCAUCCUCGGCUUGGUUGUCGGCUGCAUCGUUGCCGGACCCCUUGGCUACAUCGACGGCAGUUCUAUCACUCAAGCCCCCGUUGCUACGUUCUUGUGGAGAGAGUGAGUCCGAGUCCUUUUUGGGACGGGAUCUCGGGAUGUCAAGCGUAUUAGCGCAACCUGACUAAUGCUUCCCACUUCUGCGCCUCCAGAACCUUCCCCCUAAAGGUGCAUGGACCUUCCAUCCUGCCUCUCAUGGCCGUCUACAUCUCUUUGGCGAUGGAAGCGACAGGCGACAUCACUGCUUCCUCGGAGGCAUCUCGUCAACCGGUGACGGGACCUCUGUUCGAUAGUCGUGUCCAAGGCGGUAUCCUCGCCGAUGGCUUCAACGGUCUCCUCUCUGGCUUGAUGAUGAACGCGCCCGUUUCCAUCUUUGCCCAAAACAACGGUGUCAUUUCUAUCACACGCUGCGCGAACCGAACAGCGGGAUACUUCUGCGCCGCAACUCUGAUUGUCAUCGGCAUCCUCGCCAAGAUCAGUGGUAUCUUCUUGGCCAUUCCUGCGCCCGUACUCGGAGGAGUGACGACCUUCCUCUUCGCUUCGGUCGCCGUCUCGGGCUUCAGGGUCUUGUCCUACAUGUCUUUCACCCGCCGAGAUCGCAUGAUCCUCGCCUCAGCCUUGUCGCUCGGUCUCGGUAACCUGUUGGUCCCGGACUGGAGCUCCUACAUCUUCACGUCCACCACUACCAAGGCGAGCUUGAAGGGUUUCGAGAACUCCUUGAUCAUUGUGGGUUGUCCUUUCACUCAGACGCUCUCCACUUCGACUUUACUGACUUGGUGCUUCCUUCCUCUCGCAGAUCUUGUCGACUCCUUUCUUGAUCGCUGGUAUCAUUGCAUCCAUCCUCAACGCGCUCCUCCCUGCUGA